CCUCUCCAGUUCCAGUACUUCUAACUGUCUCAGAGGCGACUCUGAUUGCUCCGGUCGUUUCAUUCAGUACCUUUGCGUCCAUGUGUCAGUGUCCCGCCGGACAUGCACAAGGACCGACAACACAGAUGGCAACCGCGUCAACUGAGGUCGUUCAGUGCACGGAACCCUUGAAGGAGGAGGAUUCGUGGAAUAGCAGCUGCGAUUCGGAAGCACAGAAACAGAUGCUUGGGAUAGAGGAGGCGAUCAGACAAAAAAUACGGGAACAUGCCCGGAUCAGUUUUCUCUCGCGCUCCUCCACUCCGGGGAAGCAGUCCUCAUCGGCGGUCGCGCAGUCAGUCGAGCGAAGAACUGAGCGAAGUAUAAGUCGCACUGCCUCAUCAGAUGAGUCGUGCUUUGACCCUCCGAGCGAACCAAAGCAAAAACCCACUUCUACAACACACAAACCGAAUGCUUUCUAUUCACAGGCCACCUCGGUUGCCGAGCUCAUAGGAGCUAACCCAUCCAAAGAUAAUGAAAAUCUCCAAUCAUCAGAUAAUUGGGACAGUGACACGACCAAAUCGUCAUCUAUCAGAAGUGGACGACUUAAUAACCAUUCUCAACCCACCGGUGAUAAUGGUCAGUUUAACGAAGAAAACUUUGCUUAUGAACAUCGAAAUAAGCAACCUUACCAGUAUGCAAAAAACAACUACCGACUUAAGCUCAAUCUUUCGAAUUGCCGCAGCGACGCAUCAGAAGAGAAGGACAUAAAUGAAUACAAACCGAAUUUCUCCAACGAACAAAAUCUCGAAACAACUGAACUUGAAAUUGACGACCGCGUUGAACGCGGAUGUCCAAUGUUUGAACGGAAGGUUGAGGAGCAGUUUGUUAGCGUUCAACCAACUGACACCGAUUCCUCAAAAGCUGUCAGUUUAAAACUGGAACCGAUCAUGGAAAACUGUCUUGCCGACAGGAAUCAAGUGACCGAGGUAUCAGCCCGCGUCUGCCCAAUCAGUGACCAGCCAAGUAAUGGUUUGCAACCAGCGGUCUCUUAUGAGGAUGCCAGUGAUCAUCUGAAAGCUUCUCCCACUGAAGACGAGAUGGACGACUUAGAAACUCUUGCAAGCAUUGAGAAGCUGGGUGAAGAGCUUAAUGAUAAAAGUGAAUUGCCAUGUACCAGGUGUACCUCCCCAACACGUGACGCGAUUCUCGACCACCAGGCCCCAACUAAACUUGUCGAGGUUGCUCAUUCCAACAUCCAAAAUAAUGCCUUCGGAUUCCAUGGAUCACCUGUGACAGACCAAACUAGCUCAGCGAACGUGGAAAGUUCUACACCGGAUAAAAAUUUGGUGUUCUCAAAACAAGUCAAACAAGAAGACGAGGCCCUUUAUAAAUCAUCUGACAAUCAGGCUGAAUCGACUGCAAUUAACCAGUUGUCUGAAGAAGAGCACCUUAACGGAAUACGCUACCGAUGUACUGUGAUCGGAGACACAUCAGAAGACGAUAUCUCUUCCGACAGGCAGUCAUCUGUUUCUAAUGUGCGCGGUUGUAUUGGAGCGGAGCUGAGGGUUACUAACGACACUAGCCAGAAAAUUUCUCCUGUGUGUGAAAAGACUACCUCACGUCUGCAAGAAACAUGUUCAGAUGUGGAUCCACAAUGUGCGCACGUGGGUACGAUUCAAGCGAGCGUCGGACCCUCGCCAGACGCCGAAGUUCCUUGUUUCUCUGUGGAGAAUGCGGAACAUGAAAUUCCGGAUAACGAAAUGCUAAUGGCUAUGCUGCAAAACUCGAAAUCGGAUGAUUCUGUAGCAGCACGCCGGUUAUGUCAGCAAAACGGUGUACUUCUAGCUGAAGACGCUAAUGCGACCUGUACUCUACCUUCGGCGAAAGAGCCGGAUAAAUCGGCCGUCGCCGGCAACAGAAAGAUGAAGGCACAACACUCAAACUUGAUGAUGGUUCUGCGAAUACUAGAAAGCCAAUGUCAGUCUCAGGAAGAAUUGCAGGCGGCUAGAAGUGCUGCUGAAGCCAAGAUUCAGAACAUGAUUCUACAACUAACAAAAGUCGGUACCAUUGGUCUGGAUACAGGUGACGGGAGUGAUGGACUAGACAGCUUGCCACUUGCAGGACUGGAAUCCCAAUUAUUGGAAUUAAAAUACAAGUACGAAGAUCAGCUCGAUCGGACACAACAGGCAGAAUACCUCCUUCAGCGAACGAAUGAGGAACUCUUGAGAAAAGAGAAGAAACUAUUUGAACUGGCGAAAGUUGCCGCUGAUGCCGAAAAUGAGGUUAUUCAAUUGAAUCUGCAACUUGAAUUGGCUACGGCUGAAAAGCAGCAAAUCACAGACAAACUAACCGCUACAUGUAAGGUCUUGGACAUGCAAUCAUCAAGAAUAGAAGCUUUCAGAAUUCACUUGCAUUCACUUCAAGAGCGCCUUUUUGCCGAGCUCAGCCAAGGAAAUGAGCAGUGUACAAAGUUGCGGCAAUUGACGCAGGACCUUUUCACGGUUGUGAAUCGAGAUACGCACAGAACUGCAGUAGAACCCAAAGAGCUUGAUGGCGUUUCGGUGUCAGUUCUAGCUCAUUAUACCAACAACGAACAGGACACGAGCGGAACUUCGCCGAGAUUUGACUUCGAAUGCCAAUAUCCAGAAAAGCGAGAUUGUGGCACAUAUGCACAAGCCAUGGUUGAGGAUGCCGAGUGCACCUUCAAUUCCGAAUUGGAUCAUCCGCCUUCCAACCUGCUACUCAUCAACGCCGAUGCAAAUGCAGCACUUCACGAAACGGCCCGUGGUGUCGGUGAUCAGAGACUGGAAACUGCCGUCCAGACAAACUUACAAAACUCGAGGUUUCUGAAAGUUGUUUUCGGCGACGAUGGCGAAGAUAGCUGGCCUCCAGAAACAGAGGGUGUUCUGCAGAAAAUUGCCGGAAAUUUGUGCAAAUUUACAAGCAGUUGUCACAUCAACAGCUUGGAAGACUAUGAUAUCUCGCCAAAGUCUUCGGCAAAAUGUGACCAGCUGACCCAGACGUAUCCAACACUUAUCCCCCAAAAUUUCAUUGUGGAUGAUGGCGAAGAAACAGACAUAUGGAAGAUGAGAUGGCAGUUGAAACAAGCUGAAAAAAGAAUAAGCACAUCCUGCAAUUUUGACGAAGCUCACACCCCGAAGCGGGAGAACGCCAUGUACCAAGUGGCCCCCACACGAUCAGACGCAGAGAAACAUGGACGUGAAUACCCAUGGUUAGGUAAUAACCACGGAUCAGACUAUUCCGGAGUAUUAUUUCACGAAACCGCUUCUCCCGAACACUGUGUAAACGGAGUAAUAGCGCAUCGUGAAUAUCCCAUCAAAGAAAAGACAACAAUGCUUGAAAAAUCCUACGAGUCCAAGUCGGUAAUAGCCGCUCUACCCGGAAAACCUGACUCAAACGUACACGAAAUUUCUCAGGGCAAAACUGGAGAUGUUGCUCCGAAUAUGCCUGUUGUACCUCAAACACACAACGUUCCUACCUCGAAACUAAACCUGCCCAACACCCCAUACAUCCCACUCCAUUUGUGCAUUCAUCCUUCAAAUGUGGCCAGCCACUGCGCCGGUUGCACUGGCUUCAAUGACAGCCCUAAUCUACAUGGUGACUGCAACAUAAACAAGCCGCUGGACUACUCCCAUUCUCAGCGAAUCGCGUGGAACACAAGUUAUACCGUGGACCGCGUACCUCCUAAUUGGGCCCUCGAUUAUGGGGAGCCGGAACCAGAGAGGGAGAGAUGCGUCACAUGUAAUCAUCACGGCAACGAAAGCAAGACUGACAAGUCCAGCGAGUCAGCAUAUCCAGGACUUUUGAUGCAUCUGAAGCCUGCUUUGGAUAAGAGUAUACUCAGUAGACUGGAAGCAUAUGAAGCAACAAAAAUUCAGAAAUCAGAACAAGAUCGGAAUGAUUUACUCUCGUACGAUUUUGGCACUCAAUCCCGUUGGUGUCAGAAUGAUUCUACCAACAUGAUACUGCUUAAUGUUGAAAGAAAUCUGAAGAAGUUGAAAACUCCAUACCGAGGACCUUCGAAACCCGAUGUGGAAUCUCCCGAGUAUUUGCGUUACCUUCGGAACAAAUAUUUUGUAUAAAUCAACUAAUGAGACAUGAAAAUAGUUUCACUGCACAUUUGUUUCCAAACUUUUCACGUAACGUUACGCUGCAAUAGCUUUGUUUGGGAAUACAUCUCCCUGAUGAUGGGGCUUCUGCAGUAACAACGGUCGAAAGUCUUCAUCCGCAUGUAUUCUGUGGUGUACUAUUACAACCCGCGUGAUAAAAGUUAUUCAACA